UUUCAUUUAGUUUUGUUUGCCUUUCACAUUAGAGGAAAUUCUUGCCACACCUCAAACCAAAAUUAAGAGGAAAAGAAAGAAGUAAGCCACAUAAAUCUGACCAAGAACACAAGCAUCUUAAUUUGAAUCCACAAAGUUUCAUGUAAUGAAAAGAAAUACAUAAUUUUAAUUCAACCCAAGUGUUUUCCAAGAAGAUUGUAUUCGCUUAAAUUGCUACAGUAAUUCAAGAGACAGCUCUGUCUGGACACAGAGUUACUGUGGAUUUUUAAGAGACUCAGUUAAAGAAUUUAGGAAUUUCUGAUUCAUUUAAAGGAUUUACAAAUUCAUCAACCCCUGAAAACUAAAGCAAAUUGAACAGGAAAAAAAAAAAGAAGAAGAUGGGUUUUUUAAGUCCAAUAUAUGUUAUUUUCUUCUUUUUUGGAGUCAAAGUACAUUGCCAAUAUGAAACUUAUCAGUGGGAUGAAGACUACGACCAAGAGCCAGAUGAUGAUUACCAAACAGGAUUCCCAUUUCGUGAAAAUGUAGACUACAGAGUUCCUUUUCAUCAGUAUACUUUAGGCUGUGUCAGUGAAUGCUUCUGUCCAACUAACUUUCCAUCAUCAAUGUACUGUGAUAAUCGCAAACUCAAGACUAUCCCAAAUAUUCCGAUGCACAUUCAGCAACUCUACCUUCAGUUCAAUGAAAUUGAGGCUGUGACUGCAAAUUCAUUCAUCAAUGCAACUGAUCUUAAAGAAAUUAACCUCAGCCACAACAAAAUUAAAUCUCAAAAGAUUGAUUAUGGUGUGUUUGCUAAGCUUCCAAAUCUACUACAACUUCAUCUAGAGCAUAACAAUUUAGAAGAAUUUCCAUUUCCUCUUCCUAAAUCUCUGGAAAGACUCCUUCUUGGUUACAAUGAAAUCUCCAAACUGCAGACAAAUGCCAUGGAUGGGCUAGUAAACUUGACCAUGCUUGAUCUCUGUUAUAAUUAUCUUCAUGAUUUUCUGCUAAAAGACAAAAUCUUUGCCAAAAUGGAAAAACUAAUGCAGCUCAACCUCUGCAAUAACAGAUUAGAAUCAAUGCCUCCUGGUUUGCCUUCUUCACUUAUGUAUCUGUCUUUAGAAAAUAAUUCAAUUUCUUCUAUACCUGAAAAAUACUUCGACAAACUUCCAAAACUUCAUACUCUAAGAAUGUCACACAACAAACUACAAGACAUCCCAUAUAAUAUUUUUAAUCUUCCCAACAUUGUAGAACUCAGUGUUGGACACAACAAAUUGAAGCAAACAUUCUAUAUUCCAAGAAAUUUGGAACACCUAUACCUACAAAAUAAUGAAAUAGAAAAGAUGAAUCUUUCAGUGAUGUGUCCUUCUAUUGACCCACUACAUUACCACCAUUUAACAUACAUUCGUGUGGACCAAAAUAAACUAAAAGAACCAAUAAGCUCAUACAUCUUCUUCUGCUUCCCUCAUAUACACACUAUUUAUUAUGGUGAACAAAGAAGCACUAAUGGUCAAACAAUACAACUAAAGACACAAGUUUUCAGGAGAUUUCAAGAUGAUGAUGAUGAUGAUGAAAGUGAAGAUCACAAUGAUCCUGACAACGCUCAUGAGAGCCCAGAACAAGAAGGAGCAGAAGGGCACUUUGACCCUCAUUAUUAUGAAAAUCAAGAAUAGCAAGAAACUAUAUAGGUAUACACUUACGACUUCACAAAACCUAUACUUAAUAUAGUAAAUCUAAGUAAACAUGUAUUACUCAAAGUAAUAUAUUUAGAAUUAUGUAUUAGUAUAAGAUCAGAAUUGAAUUUAAGUUGUUGGUGACAUCUGCAUCAUUUCAUAGGAUUAGAACUUACUCAAAAUAAUGUAAAUCUUUAAAAAUAUAAAUUAGAAUGACAAGUGGGAAUCAUAAAUUAAAUGUUAAUGGUUUCUUAUGCUCUUUUUAAAUACAGAAAUAUCAUGUUAAAGAAAGUGAGUGUAUCAUUUCUAUUAACAGUAAUUUUUCUAAAAAUGAGGAAGGAAGUAGCAUUAGCAGUAAAGACCCACAGGCCAUGACCUUUUUGAUUACUCUGAGGACAAUAUUUAAAUGACAGGAGGGCAUAUUAAUGUAACAAGCAUUCAUUUAAGGAAUAGACCAUUUUCUCUGACCUCUUCUUCAGAAAAGCUUUCACACUGGUAUUUGUGAUCUCAUCAUUAUGACAUCUAUCCCCCUAGCUCACCACAUAGCGCAUAGAAUGAUAUUUUUGAUUUGUAAGAGGCCAUCCAGUUACUAAGGACCCAAGACAUACAGAUUCACAAAAUUAACUAAUCUUUUUGCCUCAGAAUACCAAAACAACAAAAUUAUAAAGCUGUAUUUGGACAACUAAAAAACACCAAACUAUCUCAUUGCAAUUUGUAUUUUAGCACAUUUCAGCAACUAUCCAAAACAAUGUUAUUGUAUUCCAUUUUAACUGGGAUAAAUGUUUUUGUAAAAAUACAACCAUAGAAAGGCCUCUUUGCUACAAAAUGAUUUGCAAAGAAAUAACUGCUUUGUUUACAAGAUUAAAUUAGUGUUGGCAAAAUAAAGUUCUAAUGAUAAUA